AUGCUGCGCCAGGACCAGCGCCGGCUCAUCGUCAACAUCGACGAUCUGCGCGACUACAAGCGCGACUUUGCCGACGGGCUUCUCAAGCGCCCCGUCGAAUUCCUUCCCGCGUUCGACGAGGCCCUCGCCAACGUUGUCAACCGCGUGCAUGACGCGGAGAAGCACGAUAUUGCAGGCAACGAGUACCGCGUCGGGUUCAGUGGGUCCUUUGGUGAUCAGCAUGUCAGCCCGCGCACGCUGCGCGCGUCUCAGCUGGGCAAGAUGAUUUCUCUUGAGGGUAUCGUGACGCGCUGCUCGCUCGUCCGGCCCAAGAUGCUCAAGUCGGUCCACUACUGCCCCGAGACGCGUCAAUUCCACGCGCGCGAGUACCGCGACGCGACUACUUCCACGUCAAAUCUGCCGCCGACAUCCUCGGUCACGCCACAGACGGACGACGAGGGCCAUGUUUUGCAGACCGAAUUUGGCUACUGCGUGUUCCGGGACCAUCAGAGGAUCAGCAUACAGGAGAUGCCGGAGCGUGCACCCGCGGGACAGCUUCCGAGGAGCACUGACGUGAUAUUGGAUGAUGACCUCGUCGAUAAGUGUAAACCGGGUGAUCGCAUACAGCUUGUGGGCGUGUACCGGAGCGUAGGAGGAGGCGCAAGUGGCGCAUUCAAAGCUCUCAUCCUCGCAAACAACAUCAUCCUCCUCUCAUCCAAGGUCGGCGGCGGGAUCGCACAGACACCACUGACCGACUCGGACAUCCGUGUGAUCAACCAGCUCUCCAAGCGCUCCACCAUCGUCAGGCUCCUCUCGCAGUCGCUCGCGCCGUCCAUCUACGGCCACAACGAGCUCAAGACCGCCAUCCUCAUGCUGCUCCUCGGCGGCGCGGAGAAGAACCUCCCGAACGGCACGCACAUUCGUGGCGACAUCAACCUGCUCAUGGUCGGCGACCCGUCCACCGCCAAGUCGCAGAUGCUCAGGUUCGUCCUGGGCACGGCGCCGCUCGCGAUCGCCACGACCGGCCGGGGGAGCUCGGGCGUCGGUCUCACGGCCGCGGUGACGACGGACAAGGAGACGGGCGAGCGGAGGCUCGAGGCGGGCGCGAUGGUCCUGGCGGACCGCGGGGUGGUGUGCAUUGAUGAGUUUGACAAGAUGUCGGAUAUUGAUAGGGUGGCGAUACAUGAGGUUAUGGAACAGCAGACCGUGACAAUCGCGAAGGCGGGUAUCCAUACGACGCUGAAUGCGCGGUGCAGUGUCAUCGCUGCAGCCAACCCGAUUUACGGCCAGUACGAUGUCCACAAAGACCCACACAAGAACAUCGCACUCCCAGACUCGCUUCUCUCCCGUUUCGACCUCCUCUUCGUCGUGACCGACGACGUCGACGAGAACCGCGACCGGCUCAUCGCGGAUCACGUCCUGCGGAUGCACCGCUACCUGCCUCCGGGCGUCGAGGAGGGCACGCCCGUUACAGACAGCCUUACGCAGAGCCUCUCCGUCGAAGGGCCCGGUGCGGCUCAGCCCGACGGCGACGGCGGUGAGGUGAGCCCGUUCGAGAAGUAUGACCCGCUGCUGCACAUCGGGAUCGGCGAGGCGCUGUCGUCGACGAGGCGGCGCGCGCCGAAGAAGACUGAGGUGCUGAGCAUCGCGUUCGUGAAGAAAUACAUACAGUAUGCGAAGAGCAAGCCUGCGCCGGUGCUCACCAAGGGCGCGGCAGACUGGAUCGUCAGUGUGUAUUCGCAGCUGCGGAACGAAAGCCUCGAUGACAACAGGAAGCGGACAUCGCCGCUGACAGCCCGUACCCUCGAGACGCUCAUCCGUCUCUCCACCGCACACGCCAAGGCACGUCUCUCGCCCAAGGUGCAGGAGCAGGACGCGAUGGCUGCGGAGGAGCUCCUCCGCUUCGCGCUUUACCGCGAGGUGCUCAAGCGCAAGCGGCGCACGAAGCGCCGCCUGAACGACGGGAAGAUGCGGCAGCGGGGCAGCGACAAGGAGACGAGCGAGGACGAUGAGUCAGAGAGUGAUGAGGAGGCGGAGGAGCCCGCGAGGAUGCGAGCGACGGCGCCGACGGCGAAGGGGAAGGAGAAGGCGAUGCCGCAGGACCUUCCGAGGGACCCGGUGUGGGGAGAGGGGAGUCAGGAUGUGCAGAUGGAGGAGGGUCCUGUGUCUGCGUCGGCUGGUCCCGCUGACGAUGGACGCAUCCGACCGGAGCGGUUGAAGCUCUUCCGUUCAAGGCUGGCGCAGCUGUUCGCGACAACACUGCAAGACGAGGAACAGUUCUUCUUCGCGACUCUGCUGCAGCACAUCAACGAAAGCUUAUCCACCGAUGAGCUGUUCGGCACGGCAGAGGCCACACGGGCGUGCGAGGUCAUGGGUGAGGCGAACGAACUCAUGCUGAGUGGUGACAUUGUGUAUAAAAUCUGA